ACAGUAAACUACAGGAUAUGUUUAGGAUCACAUGCUUCUGAUCAUGACAUCAGCACUCAGAUUUAAUUCCUGUGUGAGUUGUUGGAUUAGAAUUAACAGCAACACACAGCGGCUUCACCCGAUGACCCUCUGGCCGAACACACUCCUUCAUGGCAGCGGCGUUCCCGGGAGACGGGUGGAGCUUCUCCAUGUCUUUAUUAGCUUCUUACCUGAGGCUGACUUGCGGUUUUAUACAGAUCAUUUAAAUUGAGAUCAAAUCCAGUUGUUUUAACUUCACUUAAUGCUUCAUUGCUCCAGUUUGGACCUUGAUGGUCAUCCCUCCUAGGAUCGUGUCUAACGGGCUGAUUCAGCAAGGCUGCUCUAAGCCCCGCCCACCCAGCCCCACCUUCCCCACGUUCUCUGGCCUCGACCAAUCAGAGGGCAGCACACGCAGGCGAUGGCGGGACAAAAGCAGGAAGAUGUCAUCAGCCUCUUCUGACGAAGACGAGAGGUUCUUCCUGAACAAUAUGCGACCCAUGACCCCACUGGUCCUGAACCCCGUCAGCGCCACCUCUAGCUGGGACGGGUUUUCUCCGACCUACGAAUCAACGGUCGAUAUGGAGAUUGAGCCAAUUCAGCGGCUUCCGACUCCAGAAGAGAGGAUGAGGCAGCAGGCGGAGGCGGUUGCAGCUGAUAUAGUUCCCAUCAAUGUAACAGGUGAGAGUUUUGAUCGUCAGGCCAGUUUUCGGAAAAUACUGUCUAACAACGACUCACUGACCCACCGACCUCGUAAGCUGAGCCGCCGCAGGACACUCUCUGAAAUCCCAGGAGACGUCAUCCCCAAACCCACGGUCCACAUGGAUCUUCCUGGUCAGUUCUCCACGGUAGGGCGACCCGUGCCCUCGACCUCCAGUCGGCACACUAAGGUGGACGAGGGAGCGAAGCAAGAAACCAGAAAGGAGGGGCAGCUAACAGCAAGGAAGAUCCGAGCCCCCAGAGGAGAGAUGUCCAGCCUCAUGGCCUCCCUUACCACCUCCCCACGUAUAAAAAAACACCCCACCUCAUGCUCCUCCUCCUCUGAGAUCCACAAACCCCCUCAUUUGGCAGCCAACUCCUCGCUGGACUCUGAGGUCAGUUGUAACAGCGCCUCCUACAGGACACUCAGUGCCUCCUCCUCCUCUACCUUCCAGGAUGGACAAGGUUUUCCGAGUGACCUCCAGCCCCUGCUGCCCUUUGACCCCACUGCCAGAGUCAUACCACAGUCUCCUUCCUCCUCUUAUUACCCUUCCUCCCCCAUCACCUACUCUGUCCCAGACACCCGCUGUCACGGGCUGCAGUCUGAGUGGUCUUACCCUAGUGACAGACCCCUGAGUGAGGAUCUUUCCUCCUCUCACUACCCCUCCUCCUCCUCUAUUGCAGAUUCAGUUUCUCAGUUCAGCUACCAGGCCAUGGACGAUCAGACCACCACCCAGCAGGAUUCUCAGUCCUUCUACGAUGGCAGCUCUUGUAGUGGGGAGAGGUGGAGCUACAGGCCCCUCACCCCCAGCUCCAGCAUCCACAGCAGCAACAUCCAGGAGACGAGAUGCGUCUCCGAGGAAGGUUGGAGCUGUGAUCCCCUGCUGUCCUCCGGUCGAUCCACCCCUUCCUGCACUGACAGUAACUCGCUGUGCUCAGAACAGAUGAGCUGCUCCCCCUCUCUAAGAAGAAAGUUCAGCACUUCUUCUUACUACUCCAGCAGCAUCUACCUGCGCAAAUCAAAGCGCCCGCCUCCUCCACCACUGCGCUCGGACUCCUUGAGGCGCAGGUCAGGUUGCAGCAAGCCUUCCCGCUCCUCGCCAAGCCCACGUCUGGACCUUAGCCCCCAUCUGGAACGCAACAUGCUGCACUCACCAACAUCUUCUCCUCAGGCCUUCCACGACCCCUGGGUCCUGCGAAGCACCACUAAAAGACGGCAGAGUGGGGUGAACUGUGGGACAGUCACAACCUUUGAGCCUUUAACCUCUGCUGAUUCCGCCCUUUGCAGUCCCAACUCGACCAGCUCAGGCCACAUGCCUGCCAUCACGCCUGGGUCUCCAGGUCCAAAGGAUGAAGGACUCAGACUUCCUUUCAGCCACCAUCCCCCUGACUCCUCCAUGGCCGGGCUUCAGCGCCUCACAUCUCCAUCCAGCGGUUAUUCCAGCCAGUCUAACACCCCCACCCCUGGGACUCCAGUGUCCUCCCCCCUCAACCCGUCCUCCCCUCUCACACCUAGCCCUGGAGUUUUCUCCCUGCCCCCAGCCUCCCCUUUCUCCUCUUCAUGCUCCUCGUCCUUCCCUCUGUCCCCCACCACCUCCUCUCUGCCCAGGACAAGGUCUCGGGGAGAAGGGAGGCCGAAGCCACCAGUGCCAGAGAGGAAGUCAUCGCUCCUCUCCUCCCUCUCUUCCUCGUUUUCCUCCUCCUCCUCCCUCUCUUCUUACACUUCCUCUGACUCCUCAGCGAGACAUCCUCUCCUUCCUCCUCCACCUCCCCCACCUCCUCUUCCACAGUUUUCAUCAACUUCACCUCCUUCUGCUCCUCCACCUCCUCCCAUCUCCAAAAUUUGCCUCCCUUCUGCUCCUCCUUCUUUUGCCAAACACUCUGUAGCUCCUCCUCUUCCUCUUCCUCCUCCUCCUCUUCCUCCUCCACCUCUUCCUCAGUCUUUCUCUCUUGUGGCUGCUUUACCUCCUCCACCUCCUCCUCCACCUCUUCCUCAGUCUUCCUCUCUUGUGCCUGCUUUACCUCCCCCACCUCCUCUUCCACAGUUUUCAUCACCUCCUUCUGCUCCUCCACCUCCUCCCAUCUCCAAAAUUUGCUUCCCUUCUGCUCCUCCUUCUUUUGCCAAACACUCUGUAGCUCCUCCUCUUCCUCCUCCUCCUCCACCUCUUCCUCAGUCUUCCUCUCUUGUGCCUGCUUUACCUCCUCUACCUCCUCCUCCACCUCUUCCUCAGUCUUCCUCUCUUGUGCCUGCUUUACCUCCUCCACCUGCUCCUCCACCUCUUCCUCAGUCUUCUUCUCUUGUGCCUGCUUCACCUCCUCCUCCUCCUUCCCUCCCCCAGUUCUGCCUCCCAGCUGUUCCAUCUUUUACCAGACCUCUUUUUGCUUCCAAUCCUCUUCCUCCUCCAGCUUCCUCCUCUCUCCAACCCCUAUCCCUGCCCACGCCUCCUCCUCUACCUCCUUCCAUCCGGCCUCCUCCUCCCCCUUACUCCUACGCUGUGAGGAAGAUCAUGCCAUCCAACUUCCCUCCUCCCCCAACUUCCCCACCUCCUCCCUUCAUUUCAGAACCUUCAGACAUGCCUGACCUUCCUCCUCCUCCUCCUCUGCCUGAUGUCCCUCCACCAGUCCCUAACAUGUCUGCAGAUGGUGGUGUUCAAGUAGCUACGCCUCCCUGCCUCCUGGUCACUUCUCAAGCUUUGCAGGGUGUCAGACUUCGCUCUGUCAGGAACCAGGAAGUCCUGCAAGCUAAAACUAACUCAGCUGAUGCUGCGCUCCAUAGCCAAGCUGCUACGUCGGCAGCUAGCACUAAGCAAAGUGAGGAGGCUCAGUUGGACUGCCCUGUGUUGGAUGAAGCUAUCCUUCACUGCAAGGACAACACUGACUUAAACUCUCCUAGUGCAAAAUCACAACUAGCCAUCUGCAAUGUAGCUUGCAGUGAGGCUAACGGAUUACUGGCUAACGCUCACUACCCAGUCAGCACCAAAGUAAAGCAGCCAAGACCCAAUUGCAACAACCAAGCGAUGACUGGGUCCCACAUUAAUGCAUCAAAUUAUUUUAACAACCAGAGAGUAAAAGGCAGCUUAUUUAUCCAGAGUAGUACUGGUACUACACCAGAUACCCAGUCCAGUAAACAAGAAAGACAGGAUUUAGACAUAAAUCCCACUCAAGUCUCCAGUCCUGUGAGUCCUUGGGUCAAAAUAUGUCAUGAUACUGACACAAAUGUCCAAACUCCUCCCCUAGAACAUCAGAUAACAGCAGCCGAGUUAACAGAACCUGCAAAUAAAAGAAGCGAAAACCGGAUGGAGCUGUCAGAAAGCAAAAAAGAAGAAAAAACUCUGAGUCUCCGUGCAGCUGAUGGAGAUUCAGUCUUUACUGAUGUGAAACACAAUAAGCAGGACUUUACACCGGGUACCCCGAGGAAGCUCCGCUCGCCUGAGAAGCCACUUCCACCAAAGAAGCCUGAUCUCUGCAUUCUGGGUUUAAUGGCAUCCCCCAAGACCAGAAAAGGGCAGAGUGUUCGCAACAGCAGUGGUCAGAUCACAUCACCUUCUCAUGGGCUUGACGGCCCAUCACAGCUUCCCGAUGGUUCUGUCUGCACACCGCUGUGCACACAAGCAACCCAUAAAACACCAUCACUGGAGAGCAUUGGGGACAAACCAAUAACGCCUGCUGGCUCGAUGAAUGCCACACCCUCACCUGCCAGCUCCCCAAAGCGGCAGAAGCCUCAGAUUUUGCCCAAGAAGCCAGAUCUCUCACUGACAUCUCCAAAAACAGCAAAACAAGUCUUUGUAUUGAAAACUACUGAAAGUAAACUCAAAGGGACGACUGAGGCCGGUAGCAUUUCACAGACUCAGACCACCAUGGGGUCCAGUAGCACCUUAGAAACUAUGGGCAAUAUAAUGGCUAAAGACACUUUCAAUGAGAUGAGUUGCACCUUAGGGCCCACGGAUAUCUAUGACAACUUUGGCCCCACUGAGAUUAAUGGGCUGGAAACCUCAGGAGCCCAUGUAACUACCUCCACCUGGACAGUUGGAGCCCACAGUGGGGUAAUAGAGCCUAUCUCUGGUGGAGUCAUUGAGACAAGACUUUAUCGGGAUGAGGAGAAAACAUUUUAUAGGAGGAUGAUGAGGUCGUCGCUAGCUGAAGAUGAAAAGGAAGAUGAGGAGGAGAGGGCCGAAGAGAGAGGGACGAAGACAACCAUGAUGAUGGUCAUGUCAUCAUCCAACAAAAAGGACAAAGCAAAGAGAAGGAAAAGGAGGCUGGGCAGGCAGCUGCUGAUGAUGUCAUCAACCAUGAAGCCUGCCCCCUCAUCAUCAUCAUCGUCCUCAUCUUCAUCAUCCUCAUCCGAGGAUGAGCAAGAUGUGAUGAAAGUCAGGAGAGAGCGGCUGAGAAUGAUUAAAGCAUGCAAUCAAGAGACGAGUGACUCGGAAAGUUCCUGCGCUGUGAUUGGUCAGAGCAGGUUCUCGCUCAGCAGCGCGCUGUCCACUGACAGCCUGCGGGGGGAGCUAUCACUGCCUGACCUCCUGAUCCAGGAGCCAGACGAGGAAGAGGAGGAGAAAGGAAAAGAGGGAGCACAGAGGAUAGACGAAGAGGCCAAGGAGGCCAGGAGAAGUCUAGAUGAUGACGUGUUUGUCAGUGUCUCAGCAGACCAGAUGUUUGUCUCUGGCCGACCACGAACCACAGAGGAUCUGUUUGCUGUCAUCCACAGGUCCAAAAGGAAGAUACUUGGAAGAAGGGAUAUAGAACAAGAUAGGAAUCGUGUCUUUUCCUCCUCUUCCCACUCCUUGGAAAGUCGAGUUGACCCACCUUCUCAACAGACCCGACCAGCAUCCCACCGGAGUCACAGGUCAGUGAGGAGCGAGAGCUUCAAGGCACUCCUGCUGAGGAAGGGCAGUCAAUCCGAUUCAUCCUGUCGGAUCUCAGCAGUUGAACGGCUUCGCGUCGUCGUGGCUCCAUCUGCUGCCACGGACCUCCAGGUGGCACGGCUGCCUCCUCCAUCACCAGUAACACCUGUAAACUCCUCCCACAUGGUGGCUAACAUCAGCACCCCCCUGCAUCUGGGUGUCCAGGUGCCUCCCUCUGCAUCUUGUUCUCUCUCCAUGAUGGUUGGAUGUAGGCGACAAGUUCAGACGCACAAUCACCUCGUCCUCACCUCCUCUUCCUCUCCUUUCUUGGUCCUCUCCUCUGUCCAUAUGCGACCUCGCUCCCUCACUCCUCCCUGCUCUGCCAGUCGGCACUUCGCAGCUCGCUGCCGCCUCUUCGCCGCCCCCAUGACGGCCAUCUUUGAAGGGGAAGGCGAGGAAGAAGAUGGGGAGGUAUUGGUUCAAUCUCCAGGAGGCAGCGGAGACUCCAGCCCGAGAUUGGUUGACUUUUCUUGAUGGACAGAGGUAGAAAAAUCUAAUCUGAAUGUGUUUGAACUUGAUUAGGACGGUAUUGCUCCACCGCGGCUGGCCGGACUGGACCUAGUCGGACUGAACUUAAUCGAAUGUACUGAAACACACCUGCUGAUGGACACGUGACCAGAAACAAGAUUUCUGUGUGAUGAUUGUAUACCUGUGAUCUCAAGAAAACAAACCUUCCUGUUACUAAACUUCCUUUAGGUUGUUGACUGUUUUGCACUUUUUUUCCUCUUUGACACAAAACUUAUUUUUACAAGUUUGUUAUCUGGAGAUCACAGUUUAAACGUAAUAAGUUAGAAUAACGAUAAUAUGCAGUAAUAUUUAAACAUUUUCUGUUUUCCAUUAUAUCUGCUGAAUUUUACUGUCAGUCUGUAGUACAUUCAGUAGGUUAUACCACUUACCAAACAAGUGACAUCUUACGUCUUUUAAACUUAGAUAAACUUCCUUAAACUUUAACUUAAAAAAUAAAAUUAAAAUAGUAAAAAAAAAGCAACUCUGUAACAACCGUUUAAAAUCUCUGAAAACUUUUUAUCCUUUCAUGUAAAUUUUUAUUCCUUUUGUGUCUAUUUUUCAGGGUCAUUGUGGAAAACUUUGACUGGUAGGAUCAUUACUGAGACCAGAUGGUCUGAUUCUGUAAAUAAUUCCGUUUUUUCCUCUUUUUCAUGUUUCUACAAGAUUUGCAGCUGGAUUGUUGAUUCUUAUCUGUAGCUAAAUCUUAGCUUCCAUCUUAAUGACUCAGUUUCAAGUCUCAAAAUAAGAACUUUUUUGUUUUGUUGUCUGAACAUAGCAGAUGGUGAGAAGAAAUGAUGCUGUGUAACUUUUAAAAAUGGAGAUUUUGAGUUCAGAUUGACUGUAAUUACCUUUAAAAUGAGUAAAUGGAAAUGGAAAACUGGAGGAAAGCACUGUGAGAAGAAAUGUUGCAGGUAAGUGAUGAAUCAGAGGAGAUGGAAACUGAAUGUUUGAUAUGAGAAUGAAAGAAAAUGGAGAUAUAUGUGAGAAGAAUGAAAAUACAAAUAUGAUUAAAUAAAUGAAGCAAUAAAGAGCAAACUGAAUACAGAAGCUGCAAUUUGUCUUUCAUCCUUCAAGAUGUUCUUGAGCCGUUAGCAUGUUAUGCUAGCAGCUAUCUACGACACAAAUUCUGAAAAAAGUUGUGACUUUAUGUAAAGU